CUAUGUAACCACAAGGAAAUAGAGCUCUUAUUUUUUUCCAGUCAUUGUUUUGUGAAUGAAUGACUGGAAAGAUAUUAAAAUAUACAACAUUAAAGAUAUUGUCAAACAUUCAUGACCUCAAGGUCAGCCUCAACGAUAGGGGCAUUGCCGUUCGAGGUACAAAGGUAGCUUUCUUUAAGAGGAACACCUGCAGGACUCCAGUUACAGAGGAACAAGGAAAUGGAAUAUGAGCAAAUGCUCAACACUAGGCUAACUGUGCUCUGACUACGAUCUCUGCCAUGGGGAGUGCUAUAACCAAAACAGUGGAAAAAUGGGGAAUAAAUCCGAGAAAACUUUCACAAAAACGGGCAAAAGGAAAAGGUCCACCUGUAGCUCCUCCCAAUCAGCAUCCCCGUGUUGAUGUUCAUGUGCAUGACUGUGUGACAGCUGAACCACAGUAUGCCCAGGUGAAUAAAAAACGAAAGCAGAAUGAGGAUUUUUUACACUACGCAGACGUUCAAGUCCUACAGUCUGAAAAUGCGACCAGCAGGGGAAAACUGAAUCAGACUUCAAUCUACCACAACACAGAGUAUGCAACUAUAGACUUUACAACUACUGUAAAUACACAGACCUCAGCUGAACCUGCAGAUAUAUUCAUCCCGCCUGGAGAACUGCAGAGACCAAAUAUGAGGUUUUCCCAUAAAAAAAAUGUCCACUCAAAGCGAGCAGUUAAGGCGUGAAAAAAACAACAACAACAACAAAACAGAACAAACAUUUCUUCUUCUUCUUUUUUUUUUUUUUGGUACAUUUUAUCCUGCUGUAUUACUGUCGUGCCACUGAGCAAGGCAUUUAAUUGUGCAAUUCAUAUUCUAUACAUCAUGAUGUAUAAAAACCUGUAAUUUCAAAAGCAA